AUGUCAAUUGCUUCCUAUAACUUAGAAAAUGACUUAAUCGAAGUUACUUUUGAGAACGAAACCACUUCAACCUUCCACUCGAUCUGGUUACGUGAUAAUUGUCAUUGUGAAGAAUGCUAUUAUGACAUCACCAAACAGAGGUUGGUGAACUCAUGUUUAUUGGACCUUGAUAUCAAGCCUAAGAAUGUAAGCAUUGCGAACAAGGAAUUAGUGGUGGUUUGGCCAAAUGAUCAUGUAUCCAAAUACAAAGGACCUUGGUUGAAACUUCAUUCCUACAACCCAUCGUUGGUUGAUGGGAAGAAAAUUCCCGAGCUUUUGAAGAAAGAACUUUGGCAAGUUAAAGAUAUUGCUAACGACUUACCGAAAGUAGAGUACAAAAACGUUAUGGAUAGUCAAGAUUCGGUCAAUGAUUGGAUCUUGAAGAUAUGGAAACACGGAUUUUGUUUAGUUGAUAAUGUACCAGUCAAUUUGGAGGACACCAAGCUGCUCUGUGAGAGAUUGGACUACAUCAGACCAACUCACUAUGGAGGAUUUUGGGAUUUUACAUCAGAUUUACUGAAAAAUGAUACUGCCUACACUAAUUUUGAUAUUUCGUCCCAUACUGAUGGAACUUAUUGGUCAGAUACACCAGGGUUGCAAUUGUUCCACUUGUUGUAUCAUGAUGGAGAGGGUGGAACCACAUCACUCAUUGAUGCCUUUAAAUGUGCCGAAAUCUUACGUAAGAAAUACCCUGAAGAAUUUGACUUUUUAUGUAACUUACCAAUCCCUGCACAUUCAGCAGGUGAGGAGACUGUUUGUAUUCAACCUGAUGUUGCCCAACCAAUCUUCAAGUUGGACUUAGAUGGAAAUUUAAUACAAGUGAGAUGGAACUUAUCGGAUCGUUCUACGAUGAGUCAUUGGAUGCAACCAGGAGUCGAUGUCCCAAAGUUUUAUAAGGCUAUCCAUCACUGGUAUGAGAUUAUCACUGACAAAAAGAAUGAAUUUUUCUAUCAGAUGCAACCUGGCCAAGUCUUGAUCUUCGAUAAUUGGAGAUGCUUCCAUUCGAGAACUGAAUUUACUGGAAAGAGAACUUUAUGUGGUGCUUAUUUCAAUAGAGAUGAUUUUAUCCUGAAAGUCAAGUUGUUAGAUAUAGGUAGAGAGACUUUAUUGGAAAGCUUAUAA